UCCGGCCCGGACGGCGGGGGGCGCUGUGACCGGGAUCCGGCCCGGACGGCGGGGGGCGCUGUGACCGGGAUCCGGCCCGGACGGCGGGGGGCGCUGUGACCGGGAUCCGGCCCGGACGGCGGGGGGCGCUGUGACCGGGAUCCGGCCCGGACGGCGGGGGGCGCUGUGACCGGGAUCCGGCCCCUCUGCCGGGUACUCGAGGCUGCAGCGCUGCCCGGUCGCAGGCGCCGAUCUCACCGCGACCAUGUUCAAGAAAUCGCGCCGAAACUUCAGGCGGCGGAACGAUUCUGAAGAGGAAGAGCGGGAGGACGGGCCGAGCCAGGAGCCGGCCCAGGCCGGCGCGGGAGCCGAAGCCGCGCUCACCAACAACAGCCACGAGAAAAGCGCCGAGCCGCCGCCGAGCCCGGGGAUCUGCGAGCCGGGCCUUGGCCUACCGCUACCACCCAGGCCUGCCCUCUGCGCCCCGGGGCUCGGCCCUGGCAAACCCUCGCCGGGCCUUGACGCUGCCCAACCCUUACCGGGCCUGGUGGCCCCCAAACCCGUGGCCGGCCUCGCUCUUGUUAAAACCGCGCCGCUGCUCGAUCCUCCCAAAGCCGUGCCGGGCCUCGGUCUCGCCAGGGUUGCGCCCGCCCCCAGCGCCGCCAAACUCCCCGGCAAAGACAAGAAGAGAAGCCGAGAAAAGGAGGUGCCCCGGGCGGCGUUACUCAGCUUCCAGGAUGAAGAGGAAGAAGAGGAGGUCUUUAAAGUGAAGAAAUCAAAUUAUAGUAAAAAGAUUGUAAAUAAACUCAAGAAAGAGUACAAGGAGGAUCUGGAAAAAUCCCUAGCAAAAAAUGAUGGGAGCUCUCAAGUUUCAAUUAUCACUGCAGAGAAACCUAUUUUGGUGAAGGAACCUGUACAAGAUGAUUGCCAGAGUGAUAAAGGAGAGGAAGAGAUGGAAGUCGAUAGUGAUGAACAGGAUGAAGAAGGCAAAUCAAAACCUGUGGGAGCCUUUGCUAAUACUCUGUCUACACUGAAUACACUACGACCAGGAGAAAUUCCAGAUGCUGCUUUUAUUCAUGCUGCUCGCAAGAGGAGGCAGCUGGCUCGCGAGCUUGGGGAUUGUCCAGCUGUAGAAAUUGAGACAAGCACAAACCGACUUGUACGUGAGGAUGAGAAUGAUGCCAGUGAUGAUGAUGAUGAAAAACGCAGGAUUGUUUUCUCAGUAAAGGAGAAAACGCAAAGACAAAAGAUUGCGGAAGAAAUAGGGAUUGAAGGAAGUGAUGAUGAAGCACUUGACACAACAGAUCAGGAUGAAGAAUUAAAGAUGUGGGAACAGGAGCAAAUCAGGAAAGGAAUUAGCGUCCCUCAGGUGCAAAGCAGCCAUCCUACAGAUUCAGCUAACAUUUACUACCAGAACAGCUACCAGGCUAUUCCAUAUGGUUCUUCAUACAACCUCCCUUAUACGUAUAACACCUAUGGAGCAACAGAGUCCAAAUCUAUCAAGACAGAUAAUGCUAUUCCUUUCAAACCUUCCAUUAAUGAGAUGCCUCCUGUUACUAUUGAUUUGGUAAAGAAACGCCUUAAAGACAGGUUGGACUCAAUGAAAGAAGUGCACAAAACAAAUCAACAACGACUCGAUAAACUUCAUGAAGAUCUGGAAAACUCCUCUAAAACAAUAGAAAGACUUGAAGGCAUCACCGAUGAUAGUGGGCGGUAUAGAUUCUUUCAAGAAAUGCGAGGGUAUGUCCGAGACUUGCUUGAGUGUUUCAACGAAAAGGUACCCCUGGUUAAUGAGCUUGAAACUGCCAUGCACCAGUUGCUGAAACAGCGGGCUACCCGGUUUGUCCAGAGACGGCAAGAUGAUAUUAAAGAUGAAUCAUCGGAAUAUUCAAGCCAUUCAAGCAAAACAGUUAUGGCACCAAGUCUGGAUUCAUUUGGUCGUGACCGUGCUUUAUAUCAAGAAAAUGCCAAACAGCGAAGGAUUGCAGAGAGAGAGGCCCGUAGAGCACGUCGAAGGUUGGCCAGAGAGCAAGCAGGCAAGAUGGCUGAACACCAUGAAGGGUUAUCAAGUGAUGAUGAAGAGACAUCCACAGACAUCACAAGUUUUAAUAUGGAAAAUGAUCGAAUUGUUAGUGAAUCCAGGAAAGUGUUUGAAGAUGUUUUGGAUGAUUUCUGUACACUUGAUUCGAUCAAGACCAGAUUCGAAGUCUGGCGGCAGAUGUAUUACACUCAUUACAAAGAUGCAUACAUUGGUCUCUGCCUCCCAAAAUUGCUCAAUCCACUUAUUCGAUUACAACUCAUCAAAUGGAAUCCUUUUGAGCCAAAUUGUCGUGACUUUGAAAGUAUGCUCUGGUUUGAAUCAUUACUGUUUUAUGGAUGUGAAGGAGGACAAAAUCCACAAAUGGAUGAUGUUGACACCUACUUAUUACCUGCAAUUGUUGAAAAAGUGGUCUUACCAAAACUGACUGGACUAGCAGAAAAAGUUUGGGAUCCUUUGUCAACGUCUCAAACAUCCCGACUAGUCAAAUUAUUACUGAAGUUAGUUGAAGGAUAUCCUUCUGUUGUAAAUGGAGAAAAUAAAUAUACACAGAAUUUAUUAAAAACCAUCAUCUUGAGAAUUAGAAAAUCAGUGGAUGAAGAUGUAUUUGUGCCACUGUAUCCAAAAAGUGUGCUGGAAAACAAGAAUUCAGGACCCUACCUAUUUUUUCAGCGACAGUUUUGGUCAGCACUUAAGUUAUUGGACAACAUCUUACAGUGGACUGGCAUAAUCUCAAAUCGAGUGUUGCAAGAGCUAACAGUGGAUAGUCUGUUAAAUCGCCACAUUCUUCUCGCUCUGCAGAACUCAGACCCAGGGGAUGACAGCCUGAAGAAAUGUCAGAGUUUGAUCACUUGUUUACCAAAGAGUUGGUUUGCCAACCUAAAAGGAGAUAAGAGUAUCCCACAGAUGGAAAAUUUCUGCUGUUACCUUGUCCACUUGGCCAACACGAUUUAUAGGUUAAGCCUUGGGUGCUCGGAUGUGGAAAAGCGUACAGCCAGGGAGAAUAUAAAGCAAGUGAUUAAAUUUUUGGCCAUCAUCCAUGCUUUGGAUCAUGCAACAGCUGUGGCAAAUGAAUAUGGUGUGAAAGACAUCAAGACAUUACUUGAUGGGAAGUGAGAUUAUGGACAGAAACAUGAACAUUCCUGCCAUUUGUAUGAUUUUGUAUAUAUGUACAGAUGCUUUGUAAAAGAAAAUUGAUGGCAUUGUCAAAUUACAAUUGUUUGAUAUUUAAUAUUUUCCAUCUCUUGUGCUUAAAGGUACAGCUAGACUCCUGAAAAACACUCUCCUUCAACCAGCAACCCUUGCACAACAAAUCGAGAAUGUAAUUUUUUAAAAUCCAUCUUGGUUGGAUUUCUACCUUUUUGUAGAUCUGCUGGUUCCUCUUAUAAGAAACAACUGAACUAACAAGAUUUUGGUUGUUGCCAUGCACAUAUUUGCGGACUAUGACUCAAGAAGAUUACUUCCAAGCAAGUACUGGAAACAAACUGUGAAAAUACAAGUCCAACCUGCAGAUAAUCUUCAAGUAUCAUUGGGUUGCAUUUGUUUAAUUUAGUACAUGAUGAAUUACAUAUGUUUUAUUGUUUUAAGAAUAUAAUAAAAUAAACAGGCUAUUCA